GGCUAUAUAAAGAAGAGCUUUUGGGGACAGGAGUCAGUCUGAAGCCUCAUUUUGCAUAACUCGGGGCUUUACACAUCAUGAGAAGUGAGGGAUUUCUGGUGCUUUCGCUCGGGGCGGUUCUUGCUGCGGCCGGUCCUGUUCCGUCGGGCGGCGCCUUCAGUCCUGUCGUGGUAACAGGAGACAGAUUAUCGCCCAUUGAAUCCUUGAAAAUGCCAAAAGGGAGUUCUUCCGACACAACGUUGCCCGGCAGCUCCCACCUCCACGAAGCGAAGCCUGCUGACCCCAAGGUCCUCGUGAGAUCUAAGAGGAACUACUACUACGAGAGGGGCGACCCCUGGGGAAGAGACAGAAUUUACGGACGUCGUAAACACAGGACAGGUCGCAGGAAGUAUAACCGUGGAAGAGUAAGGUAUUUCUACCAACGAAGGAAACCCUCGAACAACCAAGAACCCGAUUAUGAAUCCGAGGACUCUUCCCCGAAGUCCUCAAACACAGGUUAUGUCGCCAGGACCGUCGUCAGUGCACCUCCGUCCGAACCUCGCAGGUCCAACGGGGGAUUCGUCUCAGCUAGGUCGUCAGGAGUUGCCAGAGUGGAGCAGACCGGUUAAAUCAGACCUGAAUUGCUGAUAGUUCCAUUCCACACACUAAGAUUAUUUUUUGUAGUGGUUGUUAUAGCAAAGUCAGUUAACCUCUAGCUAGUAACAAUACGGAUUCAAAGCCUUCCACGCAUGUAGUGCUUCAUAUUCUCAGAAAUUACUUAAGAUGUAUAAACUAAAAUAUUCAUACAUUA